CGUACAGAUGCAGGAUUUGGGAUUAGUCACUCGAUUUGACUGGUCGGCCCUUUUAAUCAACAGCGCCAACGAGUAGACGAGACGAGAAGUAAUACGUAGUAUAAGGCUCGUAAGACUUCUGUUAACCUGAAUGGGAUCAUUGCAGGAUUGACUUUUCUGUUUCUGUCGGUUUUUCAUAUGUAGUCACCACAGGGCACACAACGUAUAUCUUGCCUGUGUUUGAUUUUGACUUGGCUACGGAUCAACUCCUGUGCAUGCCUACAUUUACACGUCCAUAUGCGCGAUUCGGUUCGGUAGGUGACAGUCGGGGCAGGUGGAAAAACAGGUUUGUGUACACAACAAAGAAAGUAACUCGUGAUCACAGAACAGACAACUCGCGCGACUUGUAAACGGAAUUUCAAGGAGCUUACAUUCCACAGUCUGCAGCUGUGUCUGUUCUUCCUAACACAGUGAUCCAUACUAUUUCAUCUUUCUAGCACGUCGACAGGAACUGUGACCGACACUUUCUUUUUGGUGGCUCGGAAGACAAAGGUAUGGGCAUGCUGAAAGUUUCAUGAGUCACGUUUCAGGCCUGGAACUCUUGGUACCAUUGGGAGCCCUCAUCUCACCAGAAAAUGCGGAAAGAUACACCGUGGAAUAUGAACGUUACCAAAGAACAUCAGCACGGUUGAAAGUCGUGUGAACUCUACAGGCAAACAAUGCAGCAAUUGACAACCUUGCUGCCAUCAUAUUUGAUGAAAAGGACAUAAAUAACAUCACGGCUAUUUUGUGGCAAUACCGUUUUUGUAUAAAAACGUCUAAACUAUCUAGCAGAUAUGUGGCGCCUUGUUUACAAGUGGUCGAUCGUAAAAUUUUACAUAUUAGUGUUUUGCGUGAUUUUACCCACCUUUUGCCACAGAAUGUACUUCUCCAUUUAUUACAAUCAGUACCUACAUAUGAAAGGGUCGGAUCCGAACACUUAUUCCAGGAGAGUCAACGAUGAGCGAAGGAGACAGGCCGAAACGUUUCUCACCUCAAAUGUUGUAUCUUCCUACCCCACCCUUGAAACGCAGCCCAGUGUGAGAUUAGCAGUUGGGUUUGUCACUGUGAACAGGCAGCCGAAGAUGCAGGACGGCAGCGUGUACAACCCGGGCUACCUCCUCCAAACAGUAGCAGCGAUUCUUCGGGAAAAGCCACCUUUUCCGACUCGUCUUCUCGUUUGUAACGUGGAUUCCGACCCCCUCUCCAACUCUGAUGCGGUCUUCUUGUCAUCCAUUGUGCCUGUUCUCUCAAGAUACCAACACGCAGAUGAACCGAUUAGAGGAAAGACUUUGUCAAGCAGACUUCAGAAAGAGAAAGAUGACUACGUUUACUGUUUGAACCAAACGCUCGCUCUCAAUGCAGAGUAUAUCCUUAUCAUCGAAGACGAUGCUUUAGCAACACAGGGAACGUUAGAUAUCAUUGAGCACAUCAUAAUCACCAAGCUCGAAAAGAAAUACCACGGUUUCGAUCUGGAGGACAAUAAUUCCACAAAAUCCAUCAUCAAGCUGUUUUCUCCACAGUAUAUUCAGCGUGAUUUCUUCACAACAAAACCAAAACGAAUCAUCAUCAAUAUACUUGAACUCGCGGGCAUCGGUAUAGUAGGUGCAACAACGAUUAGUUUGGUACAUUUCAUACUUGUCAAAAAAUGCAGAAAUCCCUACGUAUUCCAUAAUAUGUUCUUUGUUGCGAAUGUUAUAUGUUGUAUUCUGGCAGCUCUUGCUAUCUCCAGACCACAUCGCCUGGAGCUUCGAAGGAUAUCAAAACAUUUGUAUGUCAUGAUUGAUGCCAACGACUGUUGCACGCCAGCAGUUUUGUACCCCAAGAGCGCUGCUAUGGAGUUAAUGUCUUACAUGCAGACCGACGUCGACAUGAAACAUGGCAGGAUGCCAUUGGACGGUGUUAUGGACGAGUUCGUGAGAGAACGCGGGUACAGACAGUUUGCGGUGGAGCCUAAUCUGUUUUCUCACAUAGGACAGCAUUCCACCCUUCACUCAGAUUCAAAACUUAAGUUUCUUCAAAACUUUAUAUAGGGCUUAGAAAAUGAUGUUCUUUCUUAUAUUCUACCCGUAUUCCUGAGCUGACUGCAAACGUCAUUGGUCGGUGAUAAAUAAUCAUCUGUCAUCACUUAAAGACGUGAGCUUUAAAAGGGCACAUGAUUCUUUAAUUGCUGACCUUUGUUGCGUGGCAAGGAAUCCGCCAAACAUCAAAGAUUCAUAAUAUUUAUACACUCAUGUGACGCAAGCCUGGACGUUAGUGCGUCGUGGGUAACGUUCGACGAUGUAAGAUGGCAGACACGAACGUCAGGGCAUUUCAAACAUGACAAUAGGAGGGUGUGUUGUAUCAGUGUCUGUAGCGAGGUACCCUUGGUCGCCUGUGGGGAGGUUUGACUUCAUACGCCUGGAAUCAUGACGUGUCGGUCCCCUGAUAGAUUUAUUACCGGACGAUGGCAGGGUAGAAUUACACAGCAGCGUCAACCACUACCAAGACUAUUGAUUACACGGCGAAUGGCGUCUAGUUAUCGAUCAUCUGGAUUAUUCUCAUAGUCAGACCCACCCAAAUGACGUGGGAGAACUUUUGAAAAAAAUUAAAGGUUGUUAAAAAUCCCAUUCACGCCCAAGUGCAGCCUUGUUAACGAUAGUAUGCAUAGAUAAUGUUAAGUCGUUAUUUAUUUGUCAUUCGAUUGCCAUUGAACAUAUACAUUGUUUGGAUCUGAUAUUAGGUUUUAGCUCGUCAAAAGUACGCAUUGCUAAUCUAAAACAUAUAAUGACUCUUGUGCCCAAUCAUCACAUCAUUUCUGGUGAAGUCCUAUUGUUAUAUGUAAACCACAAUAAUGAAAUCAAGAAGGUUGUUGUUGUUG